AUGUCCACCAGAAUCAGCCACAUCGAAGAAGUAGCGGGCUACGAAAAUGACAUGGAGUCGCAGGCAGUUGAGCUGCACAGUAACUCCAGCACCCACGGGCAUAACAUCCUAGUUCGUCGAGUAUACAAAGACGAAACGGGGCAGUUCUGCCGCGAACAUUUUCCCGUUGAUUCAUCGAACCAAGGCGAGGACGUCUUUAUCAAACUUAAUGGGACGAGAACCACAAGCGGCUGGUCCAGCUUUUUUGGCGCUUUCAUACAGGCAGCUCUUAUGCGAGGCGAUUCCGUAUGGAUUAUAUCCGUAUCUCCACUCUCAAGAAGCGGAAGCAAUAUGCUGGACCUGGAAGCCCAGACAAGGAGCCAGAGAGUCUACAUCAGCCAAGGCGAGUAUAGCGAGGCUCUUACAAAGGCAUUCUACAACCCACAACUGCUCCACGCCGCCAAGGACUUUAUCGUCUCCAAUUAUGAGGAUCUCAUUCAGGCCGAUGAUGUCCUUUGGGCCGAACCAAAAAGGGCGUUAUGUGUGGUAAAGGUUUUCUAUCCGCACGCUGCGGUAGUGUGGUUUGGUCUAGCGUUUUCUUUCUCUGCAGUCAUAGGAAUAACUACAGGUGUUGUUGGUCACGAUCCAAAGCUUGGGCUUGCUGCUGGUACUGGUGCGUUGGCUAUUCUCGGUGCUAUACAGUGGGUUUUACUUUGGCAGGCUCGCUCGACCGCCAUGUAA